CCAAGAGACAGACUGGGGUGGUCAGGGACACAAGCCAAAAAGGCCAUCCAGAGGGUGGUGGGGCGCUCAAGAGGGAGCUGCUCCACCCUCUUCCCCCAGCAACCUCAGACUGAGCCCCCUGGGGUUAUUUCCACAGGGAAGCACAGUCAACCACUCAGUCAUUAGCCCGCCCUCAGCCUACAGCCUGGCCCCCAGGCGGGUGGUGGGCAGAGCAGGGCAAGAGUAAGUGAGGGAGCCCUUCUGGGGAUCCGGAGAGCAGAGUGGAGCUCCUGGGCAGGGAAGGCACUGGGUGUGAGGUAUAGGACAAGCUGGGGAAGGCUCCCUCUGGCUCCGCCUCACCAUGGUAAUCUGACACCUACAUCUCCAGGACAACCAACAACAAAAAAGCUGAAGCUGGACAGCAGCUGGCUGUCAGCAGCCAAGAGCUUGCUAGGAGGUGCCAGGGUGAGAAGCAGCAGCCCGCCCGGCCGGCCGCCGGCCGCCACAGGGCAGGAAGGAGGCGGCGGCGCUGGUGCAGAAGUCAAAGGUGGUAGCAAAGGACCAGGAGGAAGCGCAGAGGCUCUGUACUGGGGCACCCCUGCUUGGCUCCCCAGUACCUGAGCUCCCAGGAGAGAUGUGAGGGGAGGGAGCGCUGACGCUCAAUGCCUCCACACACAAACUCAGCUGAGAGCUUUGACUGGACCCUCUCCGGAAGCCCUGGCCGCCAUCCCUCUUCAGUCAGGCCUUUCCUGGUUAGAACAGAACAGGCCCAAGCCAGGAGGGGAGGAGUUGGCUGGGCCAGGCCUAGACCUCCUGUUCCCAUCUGAAGAGAUGAAGCCCCCAGGGAAAACUGUGUGGUCCUUUCUUCCUCACGUGACAAUAAUAAUCCUGAAGCCUGUCUUGCCACCCUGGGCAUCUAGGGGAGGCACCAAAAUCCUGAGUGACCCAGAGGCUGGCCAGGGAGCUGUGUCAGCUGAGGCACCCCAGCCAAACCGGAUAUUGGUGUCUCAAGACAAAGGAAUGCCACAGCAAAGUCACAUCUGAACCUUCGCCAGCCGCGGCCUUGUCUGGCAGCCCCUCCGAGGCUCUCCAGGUCACAUUUAUCACAAGCUUUCCUUGCCCUGGGCAGCUCCAGCCAAGUGUGGGCUGAGGGCUACCCUACCGUUGAGCAGACUCCCAGGACUCCCUGUCUCCCUCUGCCUGGGAGCCACCAGUGGUACAGGCUUGAGGCUGACAAACCUGUUCUGCAGGCUAUGGUGGGAGAGGCCGGUUCACUGGAGCUACCUCCCAGCCCUGAGCAGCUCGGCAGGGACUCUGAGGUGCUGCUGUCUGUGUGGUUACAGAACACAGGAGCCUAGCAACAUGGCAGCCGCGCACUUGGUGGAGGAGAUCCGCUCUGUGGGCGAGAGGCUGCUGCUGAAGCUGCAGGGCCUGCCCCAGGCCGAGCCUGUGGAGCUCGCCGCCUUCUCCAUCAUCGCUCUUUUCACAGCCACGGUCCUGCUGCUGCUGCUGAUAGCCUGCAGCUGCUGCUGUGCGCACUGCUGCUGCCCUGAGAGGACCAACAGGAGGGUCCCCGUGCGGCCCGGAAAACCCAGAUGACGGACAACAGCGGAUGCCCGGAGAAGCUGACAGGAACCUUCCAGAGCUGUGACAUAGGCUACCGUCCUGGCCACUUCACUCCUCCAGACAAGUCACCUGGCCCCAGUUCUGGCACUGCCCAGGUGACAGGAGACGCCUGGAGCCUCGUCACAGAAACCAGUGCUGCUCAAUCUGCCAGUGGACACCAGUGCUUAGGAGGAGCCACUGCUUCCCAGACUCAGGAGACCACCUAGGUCUUCUGCUAAGCUGUACCCCUUAGGGCCCCACACUCUGAACAGCUCCUAGUUGUGGGGAGCUGUCCCUUGGGGCUCUGCUGACUUAUGCCAAAGAGAAGUAAACUAAUCAGGAACUUUGUGCAAUUUCCUAUACUCCAAGCCUCCUGAUGAGGAGGGGGAGAACAUGUCAGUAUUCUAGCUGAAAUGUGCUUACUUCCAAGUAAAAGCUUUUUUGGUUAUGUGUUUA